AUGCGCCCCGCACCGUGCCGCGUGGUGUACGGUUUCCGACUAAUCGUGAAUAUCUGGCGGAAAACGAAAAUAACAAUAAUUGAAGUCCAGAUGCGUUUUCGGUGCGAAUGUUUUUUCGCGACGGUGGACGCGACGCGCGAGGUCAAGGUGUGUUCGGUUGUGCGCGUUCGAAGCACAAAGUUCGCGUGGGAUGUGUUCCCCGUACGGUCGGUCCACACGGAGUGACGCAGACGAACGGACGGACGCGAGGCUGUACCUAUAACGGUCGUCGUCACGCUUCUUGUCCGUAGGCUGAGAUUCCGGUCAAAUAUUAGGGAGGAGGGGGCUACUAUGUCGACACGGUAGUUUUGUCGUGACGUGAAACGUGUUAAUUUCAUUUAAAACGCAUUCUGUGUUAACACGUGUUAAUUGAAAGUUGUUCAUUUAAACAUCUGUAUUGUAAUUAUGAAUGUUUGGUAACCGAUUUAUUAUUUUUGCAAAUGUCUACAGAAAUAAUUGGCUGAAAAAGAUUUGCUAAAAUCGCAAAUGCAAUUAAUGCUCAAAAUGCAAGGCUAAAAGAAUGCCGAAUUAUCACCAAUAACUCAACCCGACGUAAAAUGCACAUUUUUUGUACCACACGAGGUAUUUACAGAAAUGCCGUCUCGACAAUUUAAUUCAUCAAACUGAAUUGCUAAAAAACGGAUCGUUGCCAAAUUGUUUUAAAUCUCCGGCUUUAAUUAAAGCAGCCAAAAAUAUAUUCGAAAGUUUUGAAUUAUUUUUUCUAAGAAGUAGACUGGAAGUUUGCGUUUGAACCCAAUGGAUUAUUCAUUUCUAAAUUAUCUAUGUACACAAAAUCUGGUACAACAAUAUUGUUUAGAUGCGAUUUUAAUUUAUCAUUCCACAACGAACCUUGAAUCAAAUUAGAUAAAAAAUUAUCAUCAGAAGUAUAUUUCCAAUGUUUGUUUAAGCGUGUAAUUUUUGAAACCGAGAAACUAAUGGUAAUACAUAAAUUUAUGCAUACAUUUUCCUUUGCCUACAUUUAUCUCUCCGUGAUUAGUUUGGCCAGCAUUAGAAACGAAAUUAAUCUCAUUAUUUAUAGUAAACCGCAUCAUAUUUGCAGUUAAUUACUGACCGGAUAACCGCGCGUUUAUCAACUAUUACAGUGUUAAAUGGUGCCUAAUAAAAAUAACAUUGAUAUUCAAUGUUUACGGAAUAUAUUUGUCGUUAAAUUGUUACCUAAUAUAUCAUUGCGUUCUUAUCUGACUGUUAUCUAUUAGGCUCGGGUAAUGUAACCACUGAAAAACAAUGACACCGUCGUGAAACUCCGGUUAAAAACAAUGUCUCCGUUUGAUGUUGUUCAUUGCUGUACCAUUCGCCGUAUUUCCUCCCCGGCAAUAAUUUGUUUACUAUUCCUAUUCGGCCACAACAGGUUGAAAGCGUUGUUUUCUAACCGCGCAAACCACGUCCGCGACGGUUUUCGACCCUUUCGGGCGCUUAUUGACCAACAGUGCCGCGCAACGUCCCCGCGAAAAACUCAAACGUGCAAACAGACCACGCGAAAAACGAACGGAUUGUGUGUGACUACACGUUAUCUGACCUCCAACGCGUAUGGUUCGGCUUCUUCGUUUGGAACCGUUUGA